AUGACAGGCAUCAUGGAUUACAUGUUUGAGUGGGGUCUUCAGAAGAGCCCAAAAUGGUACAGUACUGUUCUCUCCACCCUUUCUGGAAUGCUGGAGGGGCCAGAAUCAUGUGAAAGGAAGGACAUCUUCAUUGAGUGUAUCUAUUGGUUAAUGAGGGAAAUGAUUACCAAGAGCUAUGACUUCUACUCCAAUGAAGGACAGAUUGUGAUGGAUGCUUGGCAUGGGUAUUGUUCGCACUGGUAUGACCACAACAACCAAAUCUCCUUCAAGAUAUUGACUUUGAUGAGUGAGACUUUUGUUGAUGAUUGCAUUGAAGACAUUCACAACCUUGGAUUCUUGCAACCCCACCAUGCUGUACAUUGUGGAACUCUAAUGUGCCAUCAUGAGGUGGUCUUCCUCUCCUAUGAGUCAACCAGUGGCAGUAUCGCUGACAGCAGCCAUUUGGUGGUGGUGGCUGGAAAGGAGAUGGCUGUAUAG